CCUAAACCAAGAUCCGCAACAUUAAAUCUCAAAUUAAAGAGUAGGUACCGUAAAAUGAAAAAAAAUAAUUUACGACCCCUUAGAGUUGUGAAUAUUGUACGCUUAUGAUACUUCGGAAAAGAACCUACUGUCAAAAAAGGCGGGAGUUUUCACAAAUACUUAACCUUUUUUUGUUUAUUUUUUUUUAGUUAUUUUGAUAUUUAUUAUAACUCAAAAAUGGAUAAUACAACUGAAACUCAGUUAGCAACUCCGGAAACAUUUGACUUUCCUUUUCCUCCUUAUGAUAUACAGCUUCAAUUUAUGAAACAAUUGUAUUAUACCUUAGAAACAGGAAAAUUUGGAAUAUUUGAAAGUCCUACAGGAACUGGAAAAUCCCUGAGUAUAAUCUGUGGGGCAAUAAGAUGGUUAAAAGAUAGACAAAGUUUCGAAAAAGACAAUCUUUCAGAAAAUAUUUCUAAACUGUUAAAAGAGAAAGAGAUCUUUUCGAAGAAUUCUACUGAUUGGCUUACCUCACAGUCCAAGGAAAUUGAAAUUAACUUUAAAUUAAAUAUGUUAAAACAAGAACAGUCUAAAAUAAUAGAAUAUACGAAAAAAUUAGAAGAUAUUAAAAAAUUAAAGCAGUUUAAUAACAGAAAAAAAUUUAUUACUCAAAACAAAAGUGUUGAUAAAAGUAAAAUUGAAGAACCCAUUGAAAAUAAUGAAAAUGUAGAUGAUGAGGAUAUUGUACUGGAGGAGUCUUUAAAUGUGGUAGAAAAGAAUGAAGAACUUUUGGAUGAAGAUGAAGAAAAUGGAAAAUAUGAACCAAUUAAAAUCUACAUAUGCAGUAGAACACAUUCUCAAUUAGCACAAUUCGUAGGAGAAAUUAUUAAAUCCCCUUUUGGAGGCAAUGUUAGAGUCACAUCUUUGGCAUCUAGACAGACAUAUUGUAUAAAUCCAGAUGUGUCCAAAUUAAAAAGUAUGGCCCUCAUUAAUGAAAGAUGUUUGGACCUUCAAAAGAAAACUCCGAAACCAAAAACGGAUCCCGAUGGCAGAGUAAUUAAAAGAGCAAAAGGUGCCACAUCAUGUCCUUAUUACAAGCAAACGGCUGUAGAAGAAUUGAGUAACUAUGCUCUAUCAGAAAUUCAAGAUGUUGAAGAUUUAGUAAACGCUGGUAAAGAAUUCAAUGCUUGUCCUUAUUAUGCUUCUAGGAAAGCAGCCGAAGAUGCUGAGGUUAUUUUGAUUCCGUAUAAUACACUCCUACAUAAAGCAACUAGAGAAGCUAAUGGAAUUAAAUUGAAAAAUAAUAUAGUUAUUGUUGAUGAGGCUCAUAAUCUUCUGGAAGCUCUGGCACAAAUGCAUAAUGCUGAUUUGAACUAUGCACAAGUUUACCACGCACUCAAUCACAUGAAAGCUUAUAAAAAGAAAUUUAGUACAAGGUUUUCAGCCAAAAAUCUCCUGAUGAUUAAUCAGCUUAUAUUUGUUAUUAGUCAGUUAUUGCAGACAUUAGAAAAAUGUAGCACAGAAAACGGAACCAGCAUUUCAACAAUAGAAAAUUUUGUUCUAAAUGCAAAUAUUGACAACUACAACAUGUUCAAAUUAAUAAAGUUCUGUAAGGAGUGUCGUUUGGCUCAAAAAAUAAGAAGUUACGCAUUGAAAUAUCCUGUACAAGAAGACGUAAAAGAAAAAUCAGGAGUUGAUGGUGUACGAGACUUUUUAGCUUCCAUAAAAUCAAAAACAAAUACGAAAAAGGGUCCUGAUAAAACUAAAAAACCAGAAGUACGUCAAAAGCCACAAGUGAUAAUUCCUCCAGUUAGUAAUCCACUUUUAGCUGUCGUGUCAUUUCUAGAAUGUCUUACUUACUCAUAUGAAGAUGGAAGAAUUUUACAAAAGAAGAAUAAAGAUAAACUUGAAUGUAAAUUUCAAUUUUUGUUAUUGAAUUCAUCUUCACACUUUAGCGACAUUGUAAAAGAAGCCCGAUCAGUUGUGGUUGCUGGUGGUACCAUGAAACCCAUCUCUGAAUUUCGAGAUAGAUUGUUUAUCAAUGCUGGUGCAAAUGCAGAUAGGAUAUUCGAAUUUUCUUGUGAUCACAUUAUUCCACCAGAAAAUAUUUUACCAAUUAUUGUUACAAAAGGACAGAACAAUGAAAAUUUAUUGUUUAAUUUCGAAAAUAGGAUGCUAAUGAACAACAGUGUGAAGAAUAUAUUACUGCAAGCUUGUAAAUUAGUAAAAGGAGGUAUAGUGGUAUUUUUUCCUUCGUAUAAUUACGAAAAUUGGUUAUGGCAGCAGGUAGAAAAACUUGAUUUUGGUAGAAAAGUAUUCAGAGAGCCACAAACUUCAGGGCAGGUGGAUUCUGUACUAGAAAAAUAUGCAGAAACUAUUAAGAGUCCUGGUAGUAAAGGCGCAUUGUUGUUUAGCGUUGUUGGUGGCAAGCUAAGUGAAGGUUUAAACUUUAGUGACGAUUUAGGAAGAUGUGUAAUUGUUGUUGGCUUACCUUACGCGAACAUAACAGCAGCCGAUUUAAAAGAAAAAAUGAACUAUCUGGACAAAACAGAGGGUCAAGGUUCUGGUCAAAAAUUCUACGAGAACCAAUGUAUGAAAGCAGUCAACCAGUGCAUUGGUAGGGCUGUUCGACACCGAAACGACUAUGCCACUGUUCUCCUCCUUGACGAAAGAUACAGCAGAGUAUCUGUGAAAAAUGCGCUACCCAACUGGAUAAAAAGGUCCUUAAAAGUCUGUAAUUAUGACGAAACGUUCACGUCGAUUAAAAAGUUUUUUGAAGAUAAGUAGGAUAUGGGCAAUCGAGAAUAAAGAGGAAAGACUUAAUGAUAAAUGCUUUAUUUCUUAUUUUCUAUUUGCAAUUUUCGCCUUUUUGUAAAAUGUUCAAUUUUAUGUUCUAAACUAUGACAUGACUGUCGUUCUAGUAAAUGUUGAUACUUUUUACAACGUAUACCCUGGAUCAAAUGGUCACUGAGACAUUUGUAUGUUGAAUCUCCUUCCUCAUUCGUUCUUUUUAGACUAACCAAUGAUGUCACCAUUCCUUU